UUAGCUGAAUUUUGUUAUUUGAAGUUGAAAUAAUGAAUUUUAAACUAUGUGUUCAGAAUUACCAUACAUCAAACUGCGUAUUAGUCGAACUUAUCUGCUAUAUUUUACAUAGUUGAAUCUGAAAAAACUUUACUUUACAUAUUAAUAAUGCAUAUAGGAAAACAAAGUCCAAGAAACUAUAUUUGCUCAAAACAUUAAAGCUCUGGAAAACACAUUGAUGCCAUCAAAGACAUACUUAAUCUCAAAUGCAUACGUGAAACAAACAGAUGAAAUAUUUAGAUCAACUUGUGGAAAUACACAAUGGACAAUUAGUGGCUCAACCCGAAUAGGAGAAAUAAAUGAAGACAUCCCUCUCAUGGAAUCAUGUUUCCAGUUUACAACAUUUGAUGAACUUUACAAGUACAUAGACAUGGAUAUUGAAAUAGGUAAUUCAAAGUCCACUUUCAUGAUAAUGCACAUCACAAAAAAAUUAUGAACUUUUAUUGGCAGCAUUUGUAGAUAUUGUUGUUGAUGUUCGUCCAAAACGAAAAAUUCCAAACAGAAAUGCAGAUUCAACUAUCCAAGAUAUUGUUCUUGCCAAUGUUGCAAGCAAUUAUAUUAACUAUCUAGGACAAUUUUAUAGACCAUGAAGGAGCUGAGAUCACCGACUGCUUAAUGAAAAAACCAAUGAUUGUUGGUAACCAUUUGAAGGUGACGUCAUUCAAAGGAAUAUCUUUGUCCAUGAAAGCAAACAGUUCAAUCUUCGUAAACCCGAAAUUCCAAAAACUUGCUAAAUUGAGACAAUGGAGUGAAGGAAACAAAGAAAUCCUGACAGAGAUGAUAACUCAAAAGACAUAUGAUUUAUCAAAUACUCCCGCUAUUCCACCUCCUCUGAAGAACAGAAUCAUUAGCACCAGAGAUAUUUCAGAAAAUACAUCAAUUCGUAAACCAUUUUGGAUAACUGGUAAGGUAGAAAUGAGCACAAGAAGUCGGUCUCUUUGGUAUAUGGCAUGUGACACUUGUGGUUGGAUGUCUUUUGCUCGAUUGAAUGAAAUGUAUCUUUGCAAUUAUUGCAAGUACAUGCAUGCAAGAGCAGUUCCAAGAGCAAAGUGCAGUGUUAACAUUAAAGAUCACACUGGCAAUAUUAUUGCCUCAUUAUUCGGCGAUGUGGCUGAAAAAUUCUUGCACCUGCCAGCUGAGAAAAUAAUGAAAGAUGCUAUAAUCAUUUAUUAUAUUAACUUGAUAAUA